AUGAACAGUGGUUUGCCGGAGAUGUUGCAUUGCCUCAGCUCGACGUCGGAAAACUGCGAAAUGAGCGUGCUCGAGCGGCAGCGCUCGCGCCUCAAGUGGCAGCAAGAGCAGCUGAGCCAACAACAGCCACCAAUCCUACCUUACUUCAAUGGCAACGACCAGCUCAGCUACUUAGGCUUCCACGGCGAUCAAGACCUCUGCGAGCUGGUGGUGAACGGCGGCGCGAUGAAGCCGGACCCCGGCAUCGAAAACGACGACUUCCGGAGGUUUCUGAAUUAUGGCAACGGUGGUGACUUGGAAAUGAGCUGCAAUCUCCCUAGAACUGUCAGCUGCCCGCCCAAUGUGGCGGCCAGCGUCGACUCGGCCGCCGGGAAAGAGAGCUGCAAGAAGAGGAAGGCUGACAAAAGCCACAACCUCAAGAUAGCUGCAGAGGAGAAAAAGAUGAAGGGAUGCGCAGAGGAGGAAUCUAAGAUGACAGAGCAAAACAGCAACAGCAAAAGCACCACCACCACCAUUAGCACUUCAGCUAACAAGAACAGCAAAGGAAUGUCAUCUGCUAAUGCGAAGAAGGUCGCCGACGCGCCAAAGACCGAUUACAUCCACGUCCGGGCGCGUCGCGGCCAGGCAACUGACAGCCAUAGCUUGGCUGAAAGAGUUCGACGCGAGAAAAUAAGUGAGAGGAUGAAAUACCUGCAAGAUUUGGUCCCCGGGUGCAACAAGGUCACCGGGAAAGCCGGUAUGCUCGACGAGAUCAUCAACUAUGUGCAAUCCCUGCAAAGACAAGUAGAGUUUUUGUCAAUGAAAUUAGCUGCAAUCAAUCCAAGGCUGGAUUUUGACAUCGAAAACUAUCUACUUAAAGAGAUUUUUCCUGCCUGUGCUCCGGCAGUCGAGGCCUCGUCAACUGGCAUGAUCGAUCAUUGCCACCUGCAGUUCAAUACACCAGUACAAGGAGUUACGGGUUCGGGUCUAGAAAUGGCUGUGGAUCCAAUGGAUGCCACGCUUAGGAGAACCAUAAGUGCCCCUGUAACAGUCCCACAAACAUUUCUUGAUCCAUCCAGUUUGAAUCAAAUUCAGCACGUAACAUGGGAGGAUGAGUUGCAGAAUCUCUACAGUAUGGAGUACCAACAAGGAAGAUCUGCAUCAUUUAUUUCUCAGCAAAUUACAGGUUACCUCGAGGCAAACCAUGUAAAGCUGGAGAUGUGAAUCAAAUAUACAGAUUCUUGAAUUGAACAAAGUCCAAUUCAAAAGUGUUGCCGAUCCUCAAAUUUUUCACCCCCUUCGGAAGCUACAUGUCGUGUAUAUUGCACCUACGUGUAUAUUUAGUGACAAAUAUUAGCAAUGAUUAUGAUUAGUAAAGAUAAUGAAAGAUAGCGCAAUUUUGUAUCAAA